GUCCCCAUGUCCUCGAUGUCCCCAACGUCCCCAAUGCCACCGUUCCUGUCCCCAAAGUCCCACUGUCCCCACAGAUCCCAUUCUCAGAGCUCUCUGUCCCCACUGUCGCUGUCCCCAAUGUCCAUUGUCACCACAAACUGUGUCCCCAAAGGCCUCUUGUCCCCAUUGUCACCAUCCCUCAUGUCUCCAAUGUCCCCAAUGUCCCCAUGUCCUCGAUGUCCCCAAUGCCACCGUUCCUGUCCCCAAAGUCCCGUUGUCCCCAUAGACCCCAUUCUCAGAGCUCUCUGUCCCCACUGUCGCUGUCCCCAAUGUCCGUUGUCACCACAGACUGUGUCACCAAAGGCCUCUUGUCCUCAUUGUCACCGUCCCCAAUGUCCCCACUGUCCCCAUGUCCUCGAUGUCCCCAAUGCCACCGUUCCUGACCCCAAAGUCCCAUUGUCCCCAUAGAUCCCAUUCUCAGAGCUCUCUGUCCCCACUGUCGCUGUCCCCAAUGUCCAUUGUCACCACAGACUGUGUCCCAAAGGUCCCUUCUCCCCAUUGUCACCACUGUCACCAUCCCCAAUGUCCCUUCUCCCCAUUGUCACCGUCCCCGAUGUCCCCGAUGUCCCCAAUGCCACCGUUCCUGUCCCCAAAGUCCCAUUGUCCCCAUAGACCCCAUUCUCAGAGCUCUCUGUCCCCACUGUCACUGUCCCCAAUGUCCGUUGUCACCACACACUGUGUCCCCAAAAGGUCCCUUCUCCCCAUUGUCACCAUUGUCACCAUCCCCAAUGUCCCUUCUCCCCACUGUCACCAUCCCUGAUGUCCCCACUGUCCCCAAUGCCACCGUUCCUGUCCCCAAAGCCCCAUUCUCCCCUCAGAUCCCAUUCUCAGAGCUCUCUGUCCCCACUGUCGCUGUCCCCAAUGUCCAUUGUCACCACAGACUGUGUCCCAAAGGUCCCUUCUCCCCAUUGUCACCACUGUCACCAUCCCCAAUGUCCCUUCUCCCCAUUGUCACCGUCCCCGAUGUCCCCACUGUCCCCGAUGCCACCGUUCCUGUCCCCAAAGCCCCAUUCUCCCCUCAGAUCCCAUUCUCAGAGCUCUCUGUCCCCACUGUCGCUGUCCCCAAUGUCCGUUGUCACCACAGACUGUGUCCCCAAAGUCCUCUUGUCCCCAUUGUCACCAUUGUCACCAUCCCCAAUGUCCCUUCUCCCCAAUGGCACCGUCCCUGAUGUCCCCGAUGUCCCCAAUGCCACCGUUCCUGUCCCCAAAGUCCCGUUGUCCCCAUAGACCCCAUUCUCAGAGCUCUCUGUCCCCACUGUCGCUGUCCCCAAUGUCCGUUGUCACCACAGACUGUGUCACCAAAGGCCUCUUGUCCCCAUUGUCACCGUCCCCAAUGUCCCUUCUCCCCAUUGUCACCAUCCCCGAUGUCCCCAAUGCCACCGUUCCUGUCCCCAAAGUCCCAUUGUCCCCACAGAUCCCAUUCUCAGAGCUCUCUGUCCCCACUGUCGCUGUCCCCAAUGUCCGUUGUCACCACAGACUGUGACCCCAAAGUCCUCUUGUCCCCAUUGUCACUGUCCCCAAUGUCCCUUCUCCCCAUUGGCACCGUCCCUGAUGUCCCCGAUGUCCCCAACGCCACUGUUCCUGUCUCCAAAGUCCCAUUGUCCCCACAGACCCCAUUCUCAGAGCUCUCUGUCCCCACUGUCGCUGUCCCCAAUGUCCGUUGUCACCACAGACUGUGUCCCCAAAGGCCUCUUGUCCCCAUUGUCACUGUCCCCAAUGUCCCUUCUCCCCAUUGGCACCGUCCCUGAUGUCCCCGAUGUCCCCAAUGCCACCGUUCCUGUCCCCAAAGUCCCGUUGUCCCCACAGAUCCCAUUCUCAGAGCUCUCUGUCCCCACUGUCGCUGUCCCCAAUGUCCGUUGUCACCACAGACUGUGUCCCCAAAGGCCUCUUGUCCCCAUUGUCACCAUUGUCACCAUCCCCAAUGUCCCUUCUCCCCAUUGUCACCAUCCCCAAUGUCCCCACUGUCCCCAAUGCCACCGUUCCUGUCCCCAAAGUCCCAUUGUCCCCACAGACCCCAUUCUCAGAGCUCUCUGUCCCCACUGUCGCUGUCCCCAAUGUCCGUUGUCACCACAGACUGUGUCCCCAAAGUCCUCUUGUCCCCAUUGUCACCAUUGUCACCAUCCCCAAUGUCCCUUCUCCCCAUCGGCACCAUCCCUGAUGUCCCCGAUGUCCCCAAUGCCACCGUUCCUGUCCCCAAAGUCCCACUGUCCCCAUAGAUCCCAUUCUCAGAGCUCUCUGUCCCCACUGUCGCUGUCCCCAAUGUCCAUUGUCACCACACACUGUCCCCCCAAAGGCCUCUUGUCACCAUUGUCACUGUCUCUGAUGUCCCCAAUGUCCCCAAUGUCCCCACUGUCACCAUCCCUGAUGUCCCCAAUGUUCCCAAUGCCACCGUUCCUGUCCCCAAAGUCCCGUUGUCCCCAUAGAUCCCAUUCUCAGAGCUCUCUGUCCCCACUGUCGCUGUCCCCAAUGUCUGUUGUCACCACAAACUGUGUCACCAAAAGGUCCCUUCUCUCCAUUGUCACCAUUGUCACCAUCCCCAAUGUCCCUUCUCCCCAUUGGCACCGUCCCCAAUGUCCCCAAUGCCACUGUUCCUGUCCCCAAAGUCCCGUUGUCCCCACAGAUCCCAUUCUCAGAGCUCUCUGUCCCCACUGUCACUGUCCCCAACGUCCAUUGUCACCACAGAUUGUGCCCCAACAUCCCCAAUGUCCCCAAAUGCCCUCAGUGUCCCCAACAUCCCCGAUGUCCCCCAAUGCCCUCAGCGUCCCCGACGUCCCCGAUGUCCCCAAAUGCCCUCAGCGUCCCCGACGUCCCCGAUGUCCCUAACCGUCCCCAGCGCCCCGGUGCCAUCAGCCUGUCCCCUC